AUGGCUUCACAGAGUGUUUGGAUCUUCCGAUUCUUGCUACUAUCGAUAGCGCUGGGCGUUAGUCAUGGAAUUUCCACCGAGCUACAGCAGGCAGAAGAUAGUGCCGAUCGUCACAAGCGAUCCCUUGUGUACACCUACAACAGUGCCACCGGGAUCUUGUUUGCACUCUCGGUGCCACUGCUCAUUACGGGACGUAACAUAUUUAUGGCCUACAACUUUGAGGCCAACUACGGCAUGCCAAUCGAGAGUACGGAUUACACACAAGGCAUUCUGAAGAAAGGUGACAACGAUCAGAUUCAGCCUACCGAAGGGGAGGCCAGAAAUAAGGUGCGGCGAGAUGGGCAACACGCGCAACCCUCUACUUCAUCCAGAUUUACGCGAAAGAAGCUGUACCGUAUGAUCGAGCUGAACCUAACUCGGUACGGAUUUGAUGGCAAGAAGUGCAUCCUGCGCAUGAUCUGUGAGCUAGCGAGCUGGCCAGUGCACGAGGGCAACGGCGUCAUUGGUGAUAUUAUGCAGCUACUGUUCACGCCAUCGAGCACACGAUAUGAGAAGCUUCCUGGAGAGUUCUACCAUGCGGAAGAGCAAGGAGCACAGCACAAUUGUCACAAGUACCGAAAGUAUUGUCCAAAGGAUCCUCUAGACGCGAUCAGUAGAUUCUUGUAA